AUGAAGGGACUAGUCAUCGCCAUUGUUGUGCUAGCCAUGGUUCAGCAGCUGAUGGCGGAGCCCACCCGAGCCAUCACUUGUGGCCAAGUCGACGCUUGUUUGGUUCCGUGCAUGUCCUACCUCGUGGAAGGGGGGACACCACAACCCGAAUGCUGUGACGGGGUGAAGAACCUAAAAGGAAUGGCUUCAAAUAUAGCAGACAAGCGAGCAGCGUGCAACUGUGUUAAGGAGGCAGCUAGUCGCUACUCGAACAUAAAAGACGACGCUGCCCAGGCUCUCCCUGCAAAGUGUGGUGUCCAAUUGGAUAUCCCCAUCUCUAAAACCACCAACUUAUCAACUGAAGUGAAGGUGAUCGUGUAUACCGCAAAUAAGGCAAGGGAGAUUCAAAAACUAGCAUCUAGUUAA